UGCAAUUACAGCCCCAGACCGAAAAAGCUCUGAAGUAGAUUUUGUGUAUAGUAAUGUACGGAGGGAUCGUGUUCUGUCUGUCUAUUGACAUUUUUGCUCUUCAUCGUUGAUGUUUUUCUUUUCGGUUUUUAGUUGUAGUUACAAUCGCUGUGUCAAGUGAUGCUGAAGGAACUAUUUUUUAUGAAAAUCAAUAACCGCCAGUGCCUUAAAUAAAUAAAAAAAAAAUUGUUUGAUUCGCGUUAAUUGAUGUGAAUUUUGAGCUCAACGUGAUUGAUCUCUGAUGCAUGUUUGAAAUAAUUCCGCACCGAAAUCGGGAAUGCAAUAUGAGUGUGAUAAACGGUUAUCCCGCUUUUGUGUGCUAACGAUGAGUAAUGAAUAGGAUUACAUGUGCGAUAUGCCAUUAAAUCAAAAUUUAACCGAUUAAACUGGCAUUCAAUCAGAUAAUAAUCGGUUAAUUUAAUUAAAAAAGGGAAAAUCACACGCCAUACGCUUUAUUAAUACAAAAUGUUGCAUUAUGUGCAUACGGGCUAAUUGAAUUAACAGAUUAUUUUAUUGAAAAUAUAUUCAGCGUUAUGCACCCGUUUUUCCAUUUAUAGACCGUAUAAUGUAAUCGUUAAGGUAUUGUAUUCGAUGUUAUGUAUGAUGUAUGGCAAUUCAAUUUUAAAUGACCUAAAUGUGUUCGGUGUACGGAAUUAAUUACCAAAUUCGCAAGCUAAUUUUUUUUUCCUUUUCGGCCUAGCAAUUAUAUAAUGACUGGAGGUGGUAUAAUAUAGAUAAAUGAAAAUAUUAAAUUUAAAAAAAAAUUAAAAAAUAACUAAAGUUUCGUUCGUUGGUUUGUCUAAUAAAAUUUCUCUUUUUCUGUUUCGGAAAGUCUAAAUGUCGUUAAUAAAUAAAUUGUGAUAAUUAAAGUCAUAAUGGUGGUGAAGCCAGGUGGUGUUUUACAAUAUUUAAAACUGUUUUCCGUACUAUCGCUGCUGACCGGAUAUACAGCCCUUCCGUCGGUGAUAAAAAUUGGUGCUAUAUUUACCGAAGAUCAAAAGGAUAGUUCCACGGAAUUAGCAUUUAAGUAUGGCGUGUAUCGCAUAAACAAGGACAAGAACAUUUUGCCAAAAACCACUCUCAUCUAUGACAUUUCAUAUGUACCCAGAGACGAUUCGUUUCGAGCGACAAAGAAAGUUUGUCGACAAAUGGAGCUCGGUGUGCAUGCCAUUUUCGGACCAUCGGAUUCACAUCUCGGUUCACAUAUCCAAUCAAUUUGUAAAGCUUUGGAUGUGCCGCAUAUUGAGACGCGAUUCGACUUUGACCACGAACAGAGAGAUUUUUCCAUUAAUUUGCAUCCGUCACAGGAGCACAUUAACAAUGCAUACAGAGAUCUCAUCAUAUUUUUGAACUGGACCAAAGUAGCAAUUAUUUAUGAGGAGGACUACGCAUCGGGCCUGUUUAAACAGCAUGAGCUGAUGAAAUCAUCCUCGACGACUGAACUUUAUAUAAGACAAGCCACACCUGAAACAUACCGACAAGUACUCAAAGAAAUUCGACAAAAGGAAAUAUUCAAAAUAAUCGUCGAUACCAAUCCACAUUACAUAAAUAGAUUUCUGAGAGCUAUAUUGCAACUACAAAUGAAUGACUACCGAUACCACUUUAUGUUCACAACGUUCGAUAUCGAAACAUUUGAUUUGGAAGACUUUAAAUACAACAGUGUGAACAUUACGGCAUUUCGUUUAGUCGAUAUUGGCAGCAGACGAGUCACCGAAGUGUUGGAACAAAUUCAAAAGUUUAAUCACAACGGACAUAACAUUCUUAACAAUUACACAAUCGUUCAGACUGAACCAGCUCUAAUGUUUGACGCAGUAUAUGUGUUCGCUGCCGGUCUGACCGCUUUAGAUAGAAGUUCAACAUUAAAAUCGGUAAAUCUUUCAUGUGAACUGGAACAGCCUUGGCAUGAUGGAUUAUCGUUGUACAAUUAUUUAACGUCGACUCGCAUUUUAGGCUUAACGGGACCAAUUGAAUUCUACGAGGGAAAGCGAAGCAAUUUUAAAAUGGAUUUGCUGAAAUUGAAACGAGAAGAGAUCCAAAAAGUCGGCUAUUGGAGUCCGGUUGAUGGCAUAUCAAUAACGGAUCCGACAACAUUUUACGAAUCGAAUACAACGAACAUUACGUUAAUUGUAAUAACAAGAGAGGAAAAACCGUACGUAAUGGUGAAGGAAAAUACGAAUCUUACCGGCAACGCUCGCUACGAAGGAUUCUGUGUUGAUUUAUUGAAAGGCAUCGCAAAUCAGAUCGGUUUUCAAUAUUCCAUCAAAUUGGUGCCCGAUCACAUGUACGGCGUUUACGAUCCGAAUACGAAAACGUGGAAUGGAAUCGUUCGCGAGCUGAUGGAAAGGCGUGCCGAUUUGGCGGUUGCGUCGAUGACGAUCAAUUAUGCCAGAGAAAGUGUAAUCGACUUUACGAAGCCGUUCAUGAACUUAGGCAUCGGCAUACUGUUCAAGGUACCAACCAGUCAACCAACCCGCUUGUUUUCAUUUUUAAAUCCGUUGGCCGUUGAAAUUUGGUUAUACGUGCUAGCCGCUUAUCUAUUGGUAUCGUUUACACUGUUCGUAAUGGCUAGAUUCUCACCGUACGAAUGGAACAAUCCACUGCCAAUGCAUCCGGAUUCCGAUAUUUUGGAAAAUCAAUUUUCGGUUUCCAAUUCGUUUUGGUUCAUUACGGGCACAUUCCUUCGGCAAGGAUCUGGGUUGAAUCCAAAGAGAUACGAGAAAGUUCAGGAUCAAUACUUUUCAUUCAUGAAUCCGUUGGCGGUUGAAAUUUGGCUGUACAUAGCAGUGGCAUACAUUUUAGUAUCGAUAACAAUGUGGAUUGUUGCACGAUUUUCACCAUUUGAAUGGCAAAUUAGAAACGAAUCCGAAGAGAACUGGAUGAAUACACGAAAUGGCCAUCAAGCGGCGAAUUUAGAUUAUUCCCCGUUGCAUCAGUGCAAUCGACAUCAUCAACACAAUUCGCGUAGUCAACAAAACGAGAUUGAUUCAAUCGAUGAUGCCAUUGCUGACGAAUCCGAUCGGUUAAGUGAUGGCAAUAAAAUGUCGCGAAAAUUACAGCAAGAUAGUGUGGACUCAACGAAUGGGUCCACCGGAUGUGAUGAUGGAAAUAUGAAUUAUCCGGAUCUCUUUUCCGGUACCAUGAAUCCUCAACGACAGAAUGUGGAUGAACACGAACAUGACAUACACGAAUUGGUUGAGAAUGAACUGCAAUCGAUUGAGAAUGAUUUUACGCUGAGGAACAGUUUCUGGUUUGCCAUUGGAACAUUAAUGCAACAAGGAUCGGAUCUAAAUCCAAAGGCUACAUCAACGCGAAUCGUAGGCGGAAUAUGGUGGUUCUUCACUCUAAUUAUUAUAUCUUCAUACACUGCCAAUCUAGCUGCAUUCCUAACGGUUGAACGUAUGAUAACACCGAUCGAAAACGCAGCUGAUCUGGCGGAUCAAACUGAGAUAACCUAUGGAACAUUGGAGGGAGGAUCGACGAUGACUUUUUUCCGAGACUCGAAAAUCAGCAUCUACCAGAAAAUGUGGCGCUUUAUGGACAGUAAAAGGUCGUCGGUGUUCGUGAAAACGUAUGAGGAGGGCAUCAAUCGGGUGCUGGAGGGAAACUAUGCAUUUCUGAUGGAGUCAACGAUGUUAGACUACGCCGUCCAAAGGAACUGUAAUCUAACACAAAUCGGUGGUCUGCUGGAUUCGAAAGGGUAUGGCAUAGCGACGCCAAAGGGUUCGUCGUGGCGAGACGAAAUUUCACUGGCCAUUUUGGAGUUGCAAGAGAAGGGGGUCAUUCAAAUUCUCUACGAUAAGUGGUGGAAGAACACCGGUGAUGUGUGCAAUCGAGACGACAAAAGCAAGGAAUCGAAAGCUAACGCCUUGGGAGUGGAAAACAUUGGUGGUGUGUUCGUGGUCCUGCUGUGUGGCUUAGCACUUGCGAUCUUAAUAGCCGUUCUCGAAUUCUGCUGGAAUUCCAAGAAAAAUGCCGACGUAGAUAGACAGUCGUUAUGUUCUCAAAUGGCCGAAGAAUUGGGCUAUGCAAUCCGUUGCCAAGAUUCGCGGCAGAGACCGGCGCUCAAACGAAACAAACCGAAAUGUUGUGCAAUAACAACGUAUGUGCCGGGAACGGUGAACAUGUCGUAUCUGAAUAAAGGUAUGGAGUACCAGGGAUGUAAUAUCAUACCGGCGAUAGCUGAUGACGUAAUGAACAAAUAAUGAACAAAAAUUUAAAUUUACGACUAGAGAACAUACAGACACAGACACAAAACGUGUGUAACAUUUUAUUUAUGCGAAAUAUUAGACGAAUUUCGAAACAAA